AGGGGGCCGACGCCCUGUGGGUUUUACUGGUAUUUACAUGGCUGAUUAGCUGAUAAGUUCCCUAAUAACAACUUUUCGCCGAGCAACCAACCCGCCCGCUAUUUUGGUGCUGUCAUUGCUAUUCCUUCUUUUCCUCUCUCCCAUCAAGCUUCACUUCUACCCUUCGCUUCUUCGUUGGCCAUCCCACCCCACGCCCUCCGUCUGAAGCGGAUUCAAUCUUUACAUUCGCAACGCAGUCAUUGCAUUUCCUCCCUCCUCCUUGUCGGGACAAUGCGCUGAUUGGUAUCCUUCCCCUACGCCCUGCAGUUGUGAAGAUGCCUCCUGCGGUUGCGCGACGAUCGCCCUACAAAGACUUCCUGCAGCCUGCCCUGCAGAGACGUUUCGCUUCGACCGCCGGAGUCUUGCUGGCAAUCUCCUACGUUGAGGCUCUCACCUUAUCCAGCUGGAGUUCACUUGUCUGGUCAUGGUUGCCUCUCGGUCUUCCAGGCCUACGCACCCUGGUUAUAUUCGGUAGCAUCUUCCCCAUUAUCAUAUUACGGAUUGCCCAUGCGCACAUCGGCAUUCGAACGUCCAACUCGCCCUUCGAGACCUUCUGCAACAAUGCCAUCUCCUUCGCGACCCUAGAGACUAUCGUCACCUUCGCCUUCUCCGCGUGGCUUUUCAGCCAGACUUACCUGCUCUCCACUCCGGACGAGGCCAAUCUCCGCUGGGUCACGCAUUACAGCGGGGAUCGUGUCCGCCUGAACGAGCGCGCCCUGUUCUAUACCAUGAAUCUGGUCGUGUUGGGAAUCGUGCAAGGUGUUCUCCACGUCGCCUUGGAUUUCGACCAGAUGCUUCUGGGGAUUGUUAGGCCAAGACGUGAAGGGGAAGCCAACACGCAGUCAUUGUACAGCUUCGAGAGGCUGGGCGAGUGGGCCCCCGUUCUCGUCGUCCGCGCCGGCGUUCUCUCGAUAGCCGUCGCUUUAGCCAACUAUGUCCUCGUCUACCACUUCUUCAGGCGCUCGGCUUGGGGGUGGGCAAUGUCCUUUUUCCGUCUGUUCUAUAACCUUCCCAAAACCAACAUACCGCCUAGCCAAGCCCCGUGGAGCAUAUGGAUGCUUGGGCGAUCAAUGUGGGCCGGCUUCCUGCUGACCCUUCUCUGGUACUUUGGUGAUAUGGCUUUCCGGCUACAGCUUGGCAGACCACCCCUCAAGAACAACCAACCGCUCAGCGCCGAGUCCAAAGAUCCCAACGGAAGUUUACUGAACGGAUUGAAGAGCAAAAAGUCGCGCAUAUCCGCCUUUGCCGUGUGGGAGACGGCCUUAAUUGCGAGGGACUUCGACGUGAGGAGAGCAGGCAUCUUUGAAGAUAUCGACCGGAACGAUGGCCCGACGUGGUCGCAGGUUUACGUAACAUGCUUGAGCAUGAUCAAAGAAAUCGAGCAGAGAAUUGACAACUACGGGAAGCCGCCUACUCCCCCGCCAGCCCCACCAGCAAAUGGCGCUCCGCCUCAACAGCCGCCGCAACCACCGACGCGAAUUGUCCAGCCCCCGAGGAGUGACGACGUCUGGGCACCAGCACCGGCGCCGAAAAGCGUACGGAAUUCUGUCGGCAAGCUGGUUAUCAACCUAGCGACGUCGCCGGGAAAGCCGCCCCUUGGUGCCCUCGUGCCGGAAGCCAAGAGAAGAGCGCUGGAGGCUAGGGAGCAACUAUUGAGUAAGGAGCAGCAAGAGGCCCUUACCUCUGACGGGUUGAGCGCCAUGGCACGGGGCGUGAUGGACCGAGUGUUGUCGACGCCCACCGUCGGUCUCGCGUUUCAACAGCUCUUCGGCCGCCGAUUAACGACAGCGGUGCUGGGUCGACCGUACGGCGAGCUCAGCGUAUACGCGAACGCAGCCUAUGUGCUGUCGCGACUAGCUGUCUGCAGUCUCACGGAGGACGCUUACGGCAAGGUACAGAGAGACGUGCCGGCUAUCAUACGGACAUUCACCAUGGUCAUCAAGAAGAUAGAGAGGUUUAGGGAUGGGUUCCCAUUUCAUUGGACGGACCUGAGACGGAGCCGGGAGUGCCCGGAAGUGGAGGAACUACUGGCGGCACUGAAAGACGGGCUGGGCGAGCUCAUCGCCGCGUUUGGGCCGUUCAGCACCGACCUGCGACUCACCCGCGCGGAUAUGAGGCUGGCUCGGGAGGCGGCCGAGCAGAGACAGGCCGCGGCGCCCGCAGAGGCGGAGCCGGCACGCGAUGCGGCAGCAGAGGCACAGCGACCGGAGAUGCGGGAACUACGCUAGCGGCAGCGGCCUCUGGCGUCGAGUGCUGUCAUGUAUAGCUGUCGUUGUAGGCGUGGGUGAGGCUUGACUCGGAUGGCCGAGGGUGGCAGCUAAAAAUGGCGUACGGUAGAAAUCAUUUAAUGCAAUUCAGUCCUGGGCUUCGGACGGCACGUAAAGCCGCUGUGGCGUGUCAUGCUGUGGUGUUUGUGGCUUGACCUGCACGGCCACACCCGCUUCCUCUUCUGGCUUCCGGCUUCCGGGACUGGCCCCCAGCACUUCGGUACAUAAUUGCUAAUAUACAUGUAUUUUGAGGUACCUUUCCAUGUUUCGUAGGUACCAUAUGUACCUGGAAAUCUCCAC